GUGGAAUCUAACACCAGUUUAUGGUGGAGUUAUGGCACACAAUGAAACACAUCCCUUAUUGGAAAUACUCAAAUCAUUUAAUCUAGGUGAUGAUGUACACAAGGAAAUGAUGCCAAGAUGUUUUGCAGAGAACAACCACUUGACUGAGAAGCAACAGUCAGUUUAGACCAGCAAGAUGUAUUCAAUUGGCGACAUGAUUCUAGCCUUCUGCCUGUCGGUGCUGGUGGGCCUGCUGCUCGGCGCGCUGGUCUACAUCCUGUUGACCUGGGCGUCCCGGCGCCAGGCCACGGCCCGGAUUACCAAGAGACCCCGAUCUUCUUCUCCAAAACCCCCGGGCAACAACAACAACAACCAGUAUCAGCUGGGCCUCUACAGAAGCACCUUCCUGAGUGUCUACAGGCAGCCGUCCCUGGAGCCCGUGGGCCCUCUGGGGAGCAAGCCCGGCGUGGAGAGCUCCACCUUCCGCCCGGUGCCCCGGAGGAGCGGGGCCGGCCUGGAGAUGGGAGAGGACACUCUGAUCCUCGCCGUGCACGAGAAGGACCUCGCACCGGUGGCUUCCUCCUUCUCCUCGGACUCGGCCGCCCUGGUGCCCAACAAAAGACAUUCCUUCUGGUUGGGAGGCAACGGACUCAAAGGGUUCCUGCCCUCGCAGACCCCCCCGCCCGCGUACGACAGCGUCAUCCGGGCUUUUGAAGAGACCUGCACUUGAAGCUCUCUGCAAGAUACAAGAGACACUCGGAAAAAAAUUAUAAUAUUUAUCAAGACCUUUUCAAGAUGCUUCCACAACCAUCGAGUCUCAUCAGUGUUGAGAUAAUAUUGUAGUGAAUGUGAUAUCAUAAUUCACCCUUGUUCCUGGUGUAGUUCUUUACACAGUUAUUAAUGUAAUGAGUCACACACAUCGGUGUGACUGUUCCGGGAUCGCGGUCCCUUUAAGUGUUGUGUUGCUGUUGGUGACGUUGAGCCCAGUGGUGUAUAAAGUACCCAAAAGUCAUACUUGAGUAAAAGUAAAGAUACUUGACUGGAAAAUUACUCAAGUAAAAGUAAAAGUCACCUAUGAGAAUACUACUUGAGUAAAAGUAUUAAAGUAUCUGAUUCUUUUUGUACUUAAGUAUCAAAAGUAAUUUUCUGAUAUUAAAUGUACUUAAGUAUUGAAAGUAAAAGUAAAUGCUGUUAAUAAAAAAAACAAAGGGUGAUAA